AUGGCAACACAACCUACCAUCACAGAAUACCAGACACGUGUCUACGCGCUGCUCAAGCAGAUCCCAGCAGGCAGAGUCAGCACCUACGCGGCCAUGUCGAAGGCUCUCAGCUCCAGUCCUCGCGCUGUAGGAGGCGCAUUGAGACGAAAUCCGUUCGCACCCGAAGUGCCCUGCCACAGAGUCAUCAGUGCAGAUGGCUAUGUCGGCGGCUUCAAGGGCGAAUGGCACAAAGCUCCCAGCGGCAUCAACACCGACAAGAAGCUGGAGCUGCUCAAGGGCGAAGGCGUCCUGUUCAACGAGAAGGGCAUGUUGGUCGAUCGGUCGAGACUGUGGGCUGAGUUCGAUCUGUGA